AUGGAAUGGAUGAGCAAUGAAAGGAACUAUAACUUGUCUCCAGAAGGCAUUGCAAAACAGAUCAACCUAAUAUCAAGAGUCCAUGGGCUUGAACAAGCAGAGAGAUAUUUUAGAGGCCUCCCUGAUGCUAAAGUUGAGUUUAAGAUAUAUGCUGCUCUUUUAACAUGCUAUGUGCAGCAUAAUAAAUCUCUGGAGAAAGCAGAGACAAUCAUGAAGAAAAUUAAGGAGUCUCAUCCUGCGAAUAUAAAUAUGGGUAAAUAUGAGAAAUUGGAUAGGUUGAUGCGAGAAAUGAAAGAGAAGGAUGUCUUUAAUGGUAGUACAUAUAUCAUAUGGUUAAAUGCAUAUGUGGCUGCCUUAAACAUAAAGGGUAUGGAGAAGUUGCUUAUGGAAAUGGAAGUUGAUCCCUUGGCAACCAUUAACUGGUGUACAUACACUACUGCAGCAAAUGAUUAUCGGAAAGUACAUAAUUUUGAGAAGGUCACGGCAAUGUUAAAGAAAUCAGAGCAUUUAGCCAGAGGCAAGACUAAGAGACUUGCUUUUGAAUCUAUUCAAACCAUGUAUGCUAUGAUUGGGAACAAGGAUGAGGUUCAUCGGCUUUGGAAUAUUUGCAAAAAAUUUUAA